UACAGUGCGUCAGUACGCCAGUCGUACACCGAUUGGUUGACUUACCAUACACACGUACAUAGUGUAACUAGCAUAGAGCUUGGAUGAAAAGAAGCAUACAGGUUAGAUGUUCUCCGUUUGGCCGGUUGAGGUACACAAGUUCUUUGAGCAUAACAACUGUUGAAGAACAAAAAAUAACUUGCACGUUACAAGUACAGCCUUGGGAGGGAGGUGUUCCUGUACAUACCUUGCUAUAUAAAGGUUUUGUUAUUAUUUUUGUUUGCGUAAAACAAAAACGAUAUGUCAUCUAAUGAUAGUAAGCUCCAUACCUGUGGAGAGAAGCCUGAUGAACACUGUCCAGGAUUUCAACGUGGAGAUCACAGCGAUCAUGCUGAUACUCAUCACCAUCAUGACCACUACCAUGGUGAUCACGACGACGACAAGGAAUUUUAUUGGCUGUAUGAAAUAACCCAUAAAGGGACCAUGACUCCAGAGGAUUCAUGCAAAAUAUAUGACCAACACGCAGAUGAUUAUGAAAAGCUAAUAAACGGAAAUUACUGCCAACACUUAAAUUUUGUUGUGAAUGAUAUGAUGGAGAUUAUGAAAGACAAAAAUGGUAGAAUAUUGGACGUUGGGGCUGGGACAGGAGCCAAUGGAAAACUGCUAAAACAACAUGGGUACAACAACAUUGAUGCCUUGGAUGGAAGCAAAGAAAUGCUGAAAAUAGCCAAAACGAAAAACGUGUACGAUAAUUUAAUUCAUCUUAUUUUGAAGGGCGGUGUUCGCAUCCCUAAUGUUGAAAAUGACAGCUACAGUGCUGCUGUAAUGAGUGGAGUAUUUUGUCCAAACCAUUGUGACUCUACGAUUUUUCCCGAGUUGAUUCGUGUUGUGAAACCAGGAGGGUACAUUUGUUGGGAUGUGAAUGUUGGUGAGGAAAUAGACAAGGAGAAGUUUAAUAGUGAUGUAGAGAAGUUGUGUAAAGAAGGAAAGUGGAAAAAACACAAAGAAAAAGUACACGAAGGAUAUUGUGGUGAGGAAAAAGCUACCACAAUAGUUACCAUAAUGGAGGUUCUGUGAGAUCAGGAUAAAAUAUUUGCACCAGCCAUUUGCAUAAACACGUGAUUCCCACAUAAAGCAAAUGUUUUAAAAUUAUUCCUGAAUUAAGAAGAUUAAAAUGAGUGAUGUGGUUAUUGAUUA